CCUGAAGAAGGACGGAAGAAACUUCUGAUCUUUCUGGAAACAAAAGAGAUGAUUCUGCCAGUGGUGUUCCUGUGUCUCACAGCUGUGCUGCCUCCAUCCACUGGAGAGGAACCUGAAGGUUUCGAUGCUCUGUCAACUAGCAAAGCAAGUCAGCAAAAGCUGAUUGUUGACAGACAUAAUACCCUCAGAAGAGGAGUGAAACCAACUGCCAGCAACAUGUUGAAGAUGGAAUGGUGUCCUCCAGCUGCAAAGAAUGCCCAAGAAUGGGCCAGUCAGUGUACUUUGAGUCACAGUCCUGGUAACAUGCGGAGAACCACUGUACAAUGUGGUGAAAAUCUCUUCAUGUCAUCCGCCCCUUUCCCAUGGUCAGAUGUUAUUGAGGCCUGGUACAACGAGAAGAAAGAUUUCAAAUAUGGAACUGGAGCAAAAACACAAGGUGCUGUGAUUGGCCAUUACACUCAGAUGGUUUGGUACAAUUCUUAUCAAAUUGGAUGCGCUGUCGCUUUCUGUCCCAACAGUAAAUACAAAUACUUUUAUGUCUGCCAGUACUGUCCCAUGGGGAAUCUACAAAGUUCAAUUCAGACACCCUACAAAGAAGGAGAACCCUGUGGUGAUUGCCCUAAUGCUUGUGAGAACGGAUUAUGCACCUUAGAAGUUUGAAUGUGUUUAUUCCAACUACCUUGGCAAAGUCUCCUGGAUGUACCCGUAGCUUCAUCAAGUUCACUGCUCUGCUUCCUGCCAAUGCAAAAGUGAAAUAAAAUAACAGGCUCAACUUUUCCCUCCUGGACAUCCAUCUCCUUAGUGACUUCUUUCACAGAACCAGAUUCCAUCCUGCCUCUCCAUAUUUGCAGAAGGACUAACUUCAGUCCAGUGACACACAAGAAAAAGCUGUAGGAGGAUGUAUAUAUUCUAUUCGUAUAAUGGUCUAGAACACAGUGGAGAUCUUAAUUGAAAUUUGGCAUAUGGGUACCAGAUAUAUUUAAUGAUUAGCUUCUCACAUCUUUUUUUUCCCCGAAAUGUUAUCUAAGGAGCAUUGUUUAAAGUUCUGUGGUUCCAUAUGUUUCAUAUGUUCUCAGCAUAGAUGGGUAGUCCUUGGUCAUGCAACUAGUCUUAACUCGAUCAACCUUUAAACUACUGUACUGUU